AUGUGCAAGCCGAGGCCAGAGGAGCAUCCGCUGGCUCCUGUCCCGGCCCGGGUGCCCGGAGCCGGCCGCCCGACGCCCGAGCGCCCUAGCACGGCAGGGCGGUGCGUGCGGUCCGGAGCCCUGGAGCGCGCCGGCAGCUGCUGGCAGGACCCGCUGGCCGAGGCGCUGAGCCGAGGCCGGCCCCCCGCCGCGUCCCCGGGCCGGGGCUGCGCGCGAAGCCGGCCGCUCCGCGUGGUCUACGUGCUGACCCGGGAGCCGCAGCCCGGCGUGGAGCCCGAGGCGGGAGCCGAGGCCGAGCCGCUGCCCCUGCGCUGCUUGCGCGAGGCCUGCGCGCAGCUCCCCGGGCCGCGAGCGCGACCCGAGCUCUGCAGCCUGCCCUUCGGGACGCUGGCGCUGGGCGACACCGCGGCGCUGGAUUCUUUCUACAACGCGGACGUGGUAGUACUGGAGGUGAGCAGCUCCCUGGCGCAGCCCUCCCUCUUCUACCACCUUGGUGUGCGUGAGAGCUUCAGCAUGACCAACAACGUGCUCCUCUGCUCCCAGGCUGACCUCCCUGACCUGCAGGCCCUUCGGGAAGACGUUUUCCAGAAGAAUUCGGACUGUGUUGGCAGCUACACACUGAUCCCCUAUGUGGUGACAGCCAGUGGCCGGGUGCUGUGCGGUGAUGCGGGCCUCCUGAGAGGCCUGGCUGAUGGGCUAGUCCAGGCAGGGGUGGGCAGCGAGGCCCUGCUAACGCCCCUGGUGGGCCGGCUCGCCCGCCUGCUGGAGACCACACCCACGGACUCUUGUGGCUACUUCCGAGAGACCAUUCGGCAGGACAUCCGGCGGGCCCGGGAGCGGUUCUCCGGGCAGCAGCUGCGGCAGGAGCUGGCUCGCCUGCAGCGGAGGCUGGACAGCGUGGAGCUGCUGAGCCCCGACAUCAUCAUGAACCUGCUGCUCUCCUACCGCGACGUGCAGGACUACUCAGCCAUCAUUGAGCUGGUGGAGACACUGCAGGCCUUGCCCACCUGUGACGUGGCCGAGCAGCACAACAUCUGCUUCCACUACACGUUUGCCCUCAACCGGAGGAACAGGCCUGGGGACCGGGAGAAGGCACUGGCUGUGCUGCUGCCACUGGUGCAGGGGGAGGGGUCUGUGGCCCCUGACCUAUACUGCAUGUGUGGCCGUGUCUACAAGGACAUGUUCUUUAGCUCUGGCUUCCAGGAUGCUGGGCAUCGGGAGCAGGCGUAUCACUGGUAUCGCAAGGCUUUUGACGUAGAGCCCAGCCUCCACUCGGGGAUCAACGCAGCUGUGCUGCUCAUUGCUGCUGGGCAGCGCUUUGAAGACUCUGAGGAGCUCCGGCUAAUAGGCAUGAAGCUGGGCUGCCUGCUGGCCCGAAAAGGCUGCGUGGAGAAGAUGCAGUAUUACUGGGACGUAGGCUUCUACCUGGGAGCUCAGAUCCUCGCCAAUGACCUCGCCCAGGUGGCUCUGGCUGCAGAGCAGCUGUACAAGCUCAAUGCUCCCAUAUGGUACCUGGUGUCCAUGAUGGAAACCUUCCUGCUGUACCAGCACUUCAGACCGAUGCUAGAGCUUCCGGAAGGACCCCCACACCGUGCCCACUUUUGGCUCCACUUCUUGCUGCAGUCCUGUCAGCCAUUCAAGACGGCCUGUCCCCAGGGGGACCAGUGCUUGGUGCUGGUCCUGGAGAUGAACAAGGUGCUGCUGCCUGGGAGGCUUGAGAUUCAGGGUGCUGAUCCCGUUAGCGCGGUGACCCUGAGUCUGCUGGAGCCAGAAACCCAGGACGUUCCCUCCAGCUGGACCUUCCCGGUGGCCUCCAUCUGCGGGGUCAGUUCCUCCAAGAGGGACGAGCGCUGCUGCUUCCUCUAUGCGCUUCCCCCGGCUCAGGACGUCCAGCUGUGCUUCCCCAGCGCCGGGCACUGCCGGUGGUUCUGCGGCCUGAUCCAAGCCUUGGUGACGAAUCCGGAUUCCACGGCGCCCUCGGAGGAGGCGGAGGGCGUGAGGGAGGUGCUGGAGUUUGAUUAUGAGUACACGGAGACGGGCCAGCGGCUGGUGCUGGGCAAGGGCACGUACGGGGUGGUGUACGCGGGCCGCGAGCGGCACACGCGGGUGCGCAUCGCCAUUAAGGAGAUCCCCGAGCGUGACAGCAGGUUCUCGCAGCCCCUGCACGAAGAGAUUGCUCUGCACAAACGCCUUCGCCACAAGAACAUCGUGCGCUACCUGGGCUCGACCAGCCAGGGCGGCUACCUCAAGAUCUUCAUGGAGGAAGUGCCCGGAGGCAGCCUGUCCUCCUUGCUGCGCUCCGUGUGGGGACCCCUGCAGGACAACGAGAGCACCAUCAGUUUCUACACCCGCCAGAUCCUGCAGGGACUCAGCUACCUGCACGACAACCGCAUAGUGCAUCGAGACAUCAAGGGGGACAAUGUACUGAUCAACACCUUCAGUGGGCUGCUCAAGAUUUCUGACUUUGGCACCUCCAAGAGGCUGGCAGGCAUCACACCCUGCACUGAGACCUUCACAGGGACCCUACAGUAUAUGGCACCAGAAAUCAUUGACCAGGGCCCACGAGGGUAUGGGAAGGCAGCUGACAUCUGGUCACUGGGCUGCACUGUCAUCGAGAUGGCCACAGGUCGCCCACCCUUCCAUGAGCUAGGGAGCCCACAGGCUGCCAUGUUUCAGGUGGGCAUGUACAAGGUGCAUCCGCCAAUGCCCCCUUCUCUGUCAGCGGAGGCGCAAGCCUUUCUUCUCCGAACUUUUGAGCCAGACCCCCGUCUCCGAGCCAGUGCUCAAGCAUUGCUGGGGGACCCCUUCCUGCAGCCCGGGAAGAGGAGCCGCAGCCCUGGCUCCCCCCGCCAUGCACUGCGGCCCUCAGAUGCCCCUUCAGCCAGCCCCACUCCUUCAGCUGACCUGACCACCCAGUCCCAGACAUUCCCACGCCCUCAGGCACCCUUUCAGCACCCAUCCAGUCCCCCGAAGCGCUGCCUCAGUUAUGGAGACACCAGCCAGCUCCGGGUGCCCGAGGAACCGGGAGCCGAGGAGCCCACGUCCCCUGAGGAGAGUUCUGGGCUGAGCCUGCUGCAUCAAGAGAGCAAGCGCCGGGCCAUGCUGGCGGCUGUACUGGAGCAGGAGCUGCCCACGCUGGCGGACAGUCUGUGCCUGAAGCAGGAACAGGGUCCCGGGGCCGGCAGGAAUCACGUGGAACAGCUCCUGCGCUGCCUGGGGGCGCACAUCCACACUCCCAACCGCCGCCAGCUGGCCCAGGAGCUUCGGGCGCUGCAGGCGCAGCUGCGGGCCCAAGGCCUCGGGCCUGCGCUUCUGCACGGACCGCUCUUCGCCUUCCCGGAUGCGGUGAAGCAGAUCCUCCGCAGGCGCCACAUCCGCCCACACUGGAUGUUCGUGCUGGACUCGCUGCUCAGCCGAGCCGUCCGGGUAGCCCUGGCUGUGUUGGGCCCAGAAGUGGAGACGGAGGCCAUCCCACCGAGGUCAGAGGAGUCGAGUAAAGAAGAGGAACCCCAGCCCAAGCGGCAGGAGACCUUGGUCCAGCUCAGCCAGCUCCCCGAGGAAGCAGAGAAGGCACCCCCGCCCCGGAUGGUGCAGCUGGACCUCUUGCGAGCCGAGACUGACAGGCUUCGGGAUGUCCUGGCUGAGAAAGAACGGGAGUGCCAGGCCCUGGUGCAACAAGCUCUACAGCGGGUGAAUGGGGAGGCCCGGAUCUGCGCCCUGGCCUCCGAGCCCCCAGCUGUUCCCACCUGGGACCAGGGCCUGGUAGAGUGGCUACAGGAACUGAACGUGGAUCCAGGCACCAUCCAGAUGCUGCUGAACCACAGCUUCACCCUCCGUACCCUACUGACCUGUGCCACUCGAGAUGACCUCAUCUACACCCGCAUCAGGGGAGGGAUGGUAUGCCGCAUCUGGAGAGCCAUCCUGGCACAGCGAGCAGGAUCCACACCAGUUACCCCUGGCCGACAGGAGGCCGAAUGAGAGCCGAGACAAGAGGCUAGACCCAAGGACAGAUGAAUGAAGACACAAGCAGCUUCUGAUACACCUACCCCAGGACUCAGGGGCCAACUGGAGGAGGCCAGGUUGAGGGUAGCGGGCAGGGUAGGGCCCAGGCCUAGCCCCAUGGGGGGAGUCAACCAUAGAGAUGCCCCAAGCAUAUCAAGUACCACCAGGCAAAGACUAUUAAACAGAACACCUUUGUACACUUGGGCCUUGGCAACUUCUGAGGUGGGGGGGGGGGGGGGAGUCCUGGCACCAGCUCCCUGAGGUCUGUGUCUGAGUUUAAAGUUCCUUCACCUGUUCCCCUUCACUAACCUUACCCUUUCCUGCCAUCAGUCUUGCUGCCCAAAAACAGACAUCAGCCCCUCGCUGCCCUUUGAAUAGACUUUAUUGGUUUUAGCCAAGGGCAGGCCCUGAGAUGGGGGGGUCUGGAGAGGAGUCUGGUGGGGCUUGCAGGGCAGCUAUGUCCUGGGGACCAGGUUGGUUCUGAGGGGCAGAAGGCCAUCCACCCACUCACACGGUCGUUCCAGGAGCGUCUGCCACAGCUGCCUCUCCUCUGAUGUGGAGUCCAUCCAGGGCACCUGGAGGCCAUAGCUGCUGCCUGGAUAUGUGCCGACAGGGGUAAAGGGCAUGGUUGCGUUGGACAUUCUAGGUCCCAAGGAACACCUGCCUGGUCCCAGAUUCUGAACUGCAGGCAGCUCUCAGUGGACACCAGUGCUCGGCAAAGGGCAGAGAAAUGCCCAGGGCCACACACUGAGCCCCUGUCUCUUGGUGUCAGAUCUUCCCAGGGCCCAGCCCUACUCACCGGUGCCCAGGCUGAGGCGUGUGCCCCCCAGCUGGCGGCUGGCCAGGGCCCCCUGGUCCCAGAGGGACAACUCGGCACAGGCCUGGCGCAGGUCAGCAGGCCCGAAGCCAUCGUAAACCAUGGUGUGGUUGAACACAGGGCUGAGGCUGCGCCGUACCACCCUUGUCCUUUGGCGGCUGGCCCGGCUGUCAUCAGGCAGCACUGAACUGUGCGGGAGGGAGCAGUCAGGUGGCUAUCCCCUCCCACUCCCCAGGACCAGCCAGUCACCAGAUCUUCCCCAUUCUCCCUCACAAUGUCUGUGUCCUCUGGCUCCUGCCUGGGACCCAGCCUCAGACCUUCACUACUUGUGGACCUUUGGGCAGCCCCCUCUCAGGCCUCUUGUCUUUAAAAGUGACAGCUGUUAUUCACAGGACCCCACAGAAUACAGAAAUACAGUUCUGCUACUUCCCUGUA